AUGGUCCAUGGAAAAGGUGCACGACGCGUGGACCGCAACGCCCAGCGGUCGAUGGUAGCGUGCAAUCGAUGUCGCAGCCGCAAGACUCGCUGCGCGGGCAAUCCGCCGCUCCCUUGCGCGGCAUGUGUGGACGUGGGCCAGAUGUGCGUGUAUUCAGAGGCGGAGAAGCGUGUUUCCAUUACAGAGAGUUACUUUCGCCAAUUACAGUCACAAGCCCGGACACCCCGUCCCCCAUCCGCGGCUACGAAUGCCAGUCCAAGUUCCGAUAGUCCAAUUGUCCCGAAUUUUUCCAAUGCGCCCCGAGAUCCCGAGAUCGGGAACGAGUCCAACCGUCCGACCCCAUCCAGUGUGCCGUCCACCGUGGGCCGAUAUCCCGAAAGCGAGGUACCCCUGGAGCGGGAUGACUGGUGGUAUAAGGGGACCGAUAAUUUGUUUUUGAAUCGAUUGGGAGAACACCACUUCGUGGGCGCAUCGUCAACCACCCAUCUGGCGAAACGCCUCAACCCGGACUCGUCGAACCUCGCGUGGGAUGUGCGUCCUCUCUAUGAUGACCCUUCAUCGCUGAGGCGCCCCGUGGCGGGCGCACUGCCACAGCUUCCACCCUUCGAGUUUGCGAAGCGCCUCUUCUGGGUACAGUAUGCAUACAUUGGUACCAUUUUUUCCUUGAUCCACCCGAGGGAAUUUGAAGAACGACUGGACUUCGUAUACCACCAGCCCCCGGAUUUCUCGCACCGGGAAACAUGCCUCGUGUAUUGUCAGGCGUUGCUCGUAAUUGCCUUCGGCUUGAUGUAUUCGGUCAACCAAUGGUCGGGCGAUGACGGGCCACCGGGCUUCAAGUACUUCAAACACGCCUUGCGGUUCCUUCCGGACAUUCACGAGGAGGGCUCCAUCUUCUUCGUCGAGGUCCUUUGCUAUGUUGCAUACUACAUGCAAAAUCUCAACCGGCGAGAUGCCGCCUUUCUCUACAUAGGACUUGCUCUUCGCAUGGCCAUUUCGCUGGGACUUCACCAGGAAGUAUCCGAUCCGGGUAUAAGCGCGACGGACCGCAAUCGCCGCCGGCGGGCCUGGUGGUCGGUUUAUAGCUUGGACCGGAUAUUAUCAGUCAAAUCCGGCAACCCAAUUACGAUUCACGAUGAAGAUAUUGGCAUCACUUGGCCAGCUGCACUGGAUGGCUCUACUUCAGACCCUUGGCCUGGAACUGUCUUGACUCACUAUACCCAACUUUCCAGGAUCUUGGGGCGGAUAGGCGAAGAGAUCUACCGAAAAAAACCGCGAUCCGGGUCCAAUCUUAUCAUGUCAGUACAGAGUAUCACAAACGACCUCUCUGGCUGGUUGCGGCAGGUACCUGAUCGUCUCCGAAUCGAUUUCACCACUCUCGAUACUCAUAUCAACCGAGAGUCGGUGUCGAUUAACCUGCACUUUUAUUCGUGCGUAAACAUGACUGCGCGCCCGCUGGUGUUUUACGUCAUUCAGCGAAGGCUAGACGCAGGAAUUCUCGGUUCGUCUGCCGAAGACUGGAAGGAAGGCCUGGCGCCCAAUACGGUUGCGGUGAUCGAUAGCUGUAUCACGGCUGCUCGUGCGACUACUAUGAUUAUGGAUGCGGCUGCAAAACAAAACCUUAUUGCGACCUAUGGUUAUCUAGACGGUGAAUACAUUUUCUCCGCCGCGCUACUCCUCGUGAUGGUGAAUGCUGCAUUCCCCCACCUUGAAACAAAUGCUCGGUCGAUGGAAACUGCGCUCAACCUUUUGCGCAGUAUGGCUGAUCGCGGGAAUACGUAUCUUGGCUCGCGCCACUCUCUCCUCCUCGAACUACGAGCAGCCAUAGGACCCAAGCCCGUGGUAAACGAUGUUCCUGGCUCAAGCGCUGUAAUGGAUGCCCCCGCAACUACUAAUAGUGGACAGGCUACUGGGACUGCCAUGCCUGAACCCGAGCUUCAACCUUCAGUAAUAGCCGAAGAAUGGCAACCCUCCGACCUUCCGUCGUUCCAGGAUAUCUCAUUCCAGUUCGACCUCAAUGAUGAUCCAGCACUGUGGGAGGGGGCGUUGAACCAGAUCGACAUUGACAUGGAUACUGACUGGAUCGAAAACACCUUGAAGCGAUAA